AUUUUUUGCCUCAUAAUGUCCAAUGUUCAAUAAUUUUUAUGCCUCAAUGCCCAAUGCUCAACCAAGGUACAAAUUGACUAAAGAGCUUUUCAUUGGACAAAGGGACAGGAAAGAAGUGCUUUAUGCUCGCUGCAAGGGACCUCUUGAUUGUGUGGGGUGAUACACCUGAAUAUUGGCGAUGGAUCCCUUAUCCAGAGUCCAGAUUUCCUGAGGUGGCAGAGCUUCUUGAUGUGUGUUGGUUUGAAAUUCGUGGCAAAAUAAACACUAGCAUGCUCUCUUCAGGAACUACAUAUGCUGCUUACCUUGUUUUCACUUCAAAAUCAGGAAUAUACGGUUUUGAGUAUCAACCUGCUGAGGCUACGGUAGGAAUUAGUGGGCAGGAUGGUGUAAAACGAACGGUGUGUUUAGAUCCAGACGGAGAACAAAGGCAUAGGUACCAGAUUGUACCUAGGCGCAUAUUUUUCAAUCAUCGGUUGGCUCAUAUAUACAGACGGCGAGGUGAUUUGGCCUCAGAGCGCAUUACCGAGUACCCCAAGGUUAGAGCAGAUAAGUGGAUGGAAGUUGGGUUGGGAGAGUUUUACGUGGAAGGAGAACAAAAUUUGGAUAUGGAAAUAAGUUUGACAGAGACAAAGGGUGGAAACUGGAAGAAUGGUGUCGUUAUUCAAGGGAUUGAGAUCAGACCAAAAGCUGAGUGAACAUUGUAGCUACAAACUUCAUUAGGUACCACUUUGGCACAUGCUUUUUGU